UUUAUUAAGAACUAUCUGCGAAAUGUCUCAGAAUGGCCUUCACCUUUUCCGAUCCCACCCUUCUCCUAUGAUGUGGAGCUUAAGCUGCGUAAAGGCAAUGAAGCAUAUGGAGAGACCAAGAAAGGUAUCAGCUUAACAAGAGACAUGAAGACAGACAUUUUGGACAAGAUUGCUCAAGCAGUCUUUGAAGUGAAAGCCUAUCCUGAUCAAGACCAGAUUGAGUCAGUUGCUUCUGCUCUCAUCAAUAGACACCCCUGCCUUCGAGAACCAGGCAGUGAAACGGGGUAUGAAGGAUGGAAAAUGAGCAUAAAAUACAAACUUGGCAAUUACAGGUCCAAGCUGCGUCAGGCAGGCUGUAUCGAGGUGAGCAUUAACAAGAAAAAGAGGAGCAGUGAAGAUGAUGGUGCCGGUUCUUCUCUGAAGAGAGCAAAGCGAGGCGAGAUUAACCACGUCCCUGACCAUCCAGAAAACCAUAAUGAUGAUUCACUGGAGGAUGAAAGACUGGCUCUGGUUGAAGAGUUUAAGAAGAAGAGCAAGAAUGUUGCACUCAUCAGGCAAAAGAUGGAGUUGACUUUCUCUUUGAGACGCAAGGAGAUCGUGGAGCUGCAGCCUAUGGUGUCAGAGGUUCUGGUGCGGUGGCCUGCUCUGUUUUGUGAGGCAGAGAUAAGGGAGGAGUUUUAUCGCAUCACAAACAACAACCUAAUGGACAACUUCAGAGCUGCCCUUCAUCAGCACACUUGCAGGCUCCUGAGACUCUAUCGGGGGAGGAGGACAGCUUUUUCAUCUGAGAUGGAUCAGCUCCUUAACAGCCUGGAUCAAGAGACAUCUGACAUCACUGCACUUCGACAAACUGCAGCAUUGAAGGGCCUUCCCUUGUAUCUCCGUGACAGUCAGGAGAAGCUCUUCAGGAACUGUUUUGACACUGACCCAGAAGAGGAGCAGACGAAGGGGCUCACUGUGGGUGUCCUCACUGUGUUGGAGGAUGAUGACAGCGCAGCUCCUCAAAGUGUGGUGAAUGUUGCUGUUGUUGUGGAAGAAGAGAUUGUCCUUCAAGAUCUCCCUGACCUGCCAACUGCUUUUGGUUACCUCUUUGGACUGAUCUAUGCGUUGAACCUUAAGUACCCAAAAGAUCUCAGGUACACAUUUGAAACUAUUCAGAAGGUUUUCAUGGAACUUGGUACAGAUCUCUCUGCAAGGGUAAGAUCCCUCAAAAACAAACUCCUUGAGUGAAUCUGCACGCUAACUGAUA